AUGGGUCAGACUCUAUCGGAGCCCGUUGUCGAAAAGACUUCGGAGAAGGGUGAGGAUGAGCGCCUCAUCUACGGUGUUUCGGCCAUGCAAGGCUGGCGCAUUAGUAUGGAGGAUGCUCACACCGCAGUACUCGACCUCGACUCAGCCAAGUCUCACUCCAGCAAGCUGUCCUUCUUCGGUGUUUUCGACGGACACGGUGGUGACAAGGUGGCACUAUUUACCGGCCAAAACAUUCACAACAUUAUCUUCAAGCAGGACACCUUCAAGUCUGGUGACUAUGCUCAGGGUCUGAAGGACGGUUUCCUCGCGACCGAUCGCGCUAUUCUCAACGACCCAAAGUACGAAGAAGAGGUUUCCGGUUGCACAGCCUGUGUCAGCUUGAUCGCUGGCAACAAGCUCUAUGUUGCCAACGCUGGUGAUUCGAGAGGUGUUCUUGGUAUCAAGGGUCGUGCCAAGCCUCUAUCUCAGGACCACAAGCCCCAACUCGAGAACGAAAAGAACCGAAUCACAGCUGCCGGUGGCUUUGUCGACUUCGGCCGAGUGAACGGAAACCUCGCCCUCUCGCGUGCUAUUGGUGAUUUUGAAUUCAAGAAGAGUGCUGAGUUGUCCCCCGAGAACCAAAUUGUCACAGCCUACCCCGAUGUUGAGCAACAUGAUCUUACAGAUGAGGAUGAAUUCCUGGUUAUUGCUUGUGAUGGUAUCUGGGAUUGCCAAUCCUCUCAAGCCGUGGUUGAGUUCGUCCGACGAGGCAUCGCUGCCAAGCAGGAGCUCGACAAGAUUUGUGAGAACAUGAUGGACAACUGUCUUGCCUCCAACUCCGAGACCGGUGGCGUUGGCUGCGAUAAUAUGACCAUGGUCAUCAUCGGCUUCCUCAACGGAAAAACCAAGGAAGAGUGGUACGAGGAGAUCGCCCGCCGGGUCGCCAACGGAGAUGGCCCAUGUGCUCCUCCCGAGUACGCCGAAUUCCGAGGACCUGGAGUCCACCACAACUUUGAGGAUAGCGACAGUGGCUAUGAGAUGGAUCCUGAAAACAAGGGACGAAGCUUUGGAGUUGAUGAUACAGAAAUGUUUGACAACGCCGACGAAGACAAAGACCUCGCCAGCCAGGUCACCAAAAACCCGUCAUCCGCCGAGAAGGACACCGCUCCUGUAACUGCCCCUGGCGACGCCGCCGCCGCCGAUAACGCUUCCGCCGAUACGAAACCCGCCGAUGCAACCGUUACGAAGCCUACCGACAAGGACGCAGCGGAGGAAGUGAAGAAGGAGGCCAGUGCCCAGGAAAUCAAGAAGGAAGAAUAG